ACGAAUUAUUAAAAAUGGCGGCGCCCAUGUACUGAAACGAAAAGGUACAUGUACUCUAAUAUUGCAGUAUUUCUGAUAGAGACAACUAGACAAGAUGACCAAGAUCUGUUUAGAAGACAAACUAAGCUUUAACAGAUGAAAAAAAAGUCUUUGGUUGUCAUAGUAACUGUAAGAGAUGAGUAGCAAAGACCAGACACCAGCAGUGGGUGGAGCAGGGAAGACUGGCUCCGGUCAACAUUGGUUCAUCUCUGAAAUACAACAAAUGAUUCUAAUUAUAAUGGUUGAUUUUCGAAGAGAUAUAACACAGCAUGCUCUAGGUGAUUGCAGACGGCCAUUACAGGAGUCGGCCAUAUUGGUGGAGGAAAUCACGCAGCAGCAAAUGACAACUCUGUUGUAUAAAGCAUCAGAUGUGGCCACUAUGAGAGGUGCUAAACUGAUUGGAGUUGAAGAUAUCCUGUUCUUGAUGAGGAGAGAUAAAGUAAAAUUGCGCCGUCUGCUACGGUAUAUGGAUAUGAAAGAUAUGAAGGCAGCAAUUCAUAGAAGUGCUAGUGUUGAUGAAGAAGAGAGUGCAGAAAAUGCAGAUACAAAACCAGCACAGCCAACCACUGGAAAAAGGAGAAAAGUUUGUUAUGAGUUUCUGUCUACGAUAGAUCAAACAGGUGAGCUCCUUGAUUUGUUUGAGGAUGAGGCACAAGAUGAUGUGAAGUAUGAAAGAUUAUUGAGAGCAGACUUAACAUCAAGAUGUUUGGAUCCAAAACAAUACCUCGAGUUUUGUGAGGCUAGACAAGUUAAUUUUGGAAGGAAACACAAGUCACAGAGGUUUAGAGACUGGUUGCUGACUGGUGUAAAUCUGGAGAUCAAACCUAACCAGCAUGCUAUAGAACUUAUAGGUUACCUGGCAUAUGAAACUGUCGCACAGAUUGUUGAUCUUUCACUGUUGGUGAAGCAGGAUAUGUUAGCGGAUACAGUCGACCCCGUGACUAGAACAUUACCCAGUAUCAGCCAUAAUCUGAACCAGACGUCAGCUAUGAUAUCAGUGAUGGGACAGUCACAAACUAACCCUAACCUUACAUCACCAACUACUAGUCCACCCACUACACCAAUUGGCCAAUCAGCAAGCUCUGCUGCUGGUAAUCAGGCAACUGGGUCUAGCGGUGGAAAAUCAAAACCAAAGAAGAAGAAAAGAUCUAAUUUCCCGCACUCCCUGGAAUCACCAGUAGUAAAAGCAAUACAGCCUUCAGAUAUACUGGAGUCUAUGAGGAGAUACACGGCAUUUGUUGGACCAUUCGCAUCACAACUGAAAUACAAUUCACAAUUGUCACCAAAGCUGAUAACCCUCAGUUGCUGAAUGGAGGUCAUGACUAUGAAACUAGAUAUUUUCCAAUGUUUAUCACUGAAAUUUGGUCUACUUCCAUAGUGUUACUUUAAAAUUUGAUGCAGUUAGCAACAGUAUUUUAAAUACAUUGCAAGGAAGAUGGUCUGUGGUUCCAUCAAAUAAUGGCAAGAAAGUAAACAGUGGGUAAAUGCAUCUACUUCCUGUGCUAGCAAGAAAUGUAAAGUUGCAAAAAUUCAAAUCACCAGUGAGGAAAACAUAUUAGUAUAUUUCCUUUAUAUCGUACUGAUUUGAAUAAUUUAGUAGCACAUGUCUGUGCUCAGAAAUAACCAUAAAUAUAGGCAAUCUUUAUAGAGUAUCUAUAAAGAAAAUUGCAAAUCAUUAGUGAUGAAAACGGCAAGGUACUUCCUGUACUUGAAGAAAUGUUAAAUUAAAGAAUACAACCUUGAAGAGUCCUAUGUGAGAAAAACUGUAAUGUACAUUGUAACAUUUAAUACCACAUGUGUUCAGACAAUAAGUUGCAAAUGCAGACAACAUUCUCUAUAUACAUGUAUGUUAUUUUGUUCAAUGUCUGGCAUUGAUUUUUUACUGCAGACAAUAUUGAAACAAUAGAUCAUUGCCAUGUAAUUGUCUUGCUAUAAUACAAAGAUAGUGUUUUAUCUGUUUGAGCAAUAAUAUAUAUAUAUAUAUAUAUAUAUAUAUAUAUAUAUAUAUAUAUAUAUAUAUAUAUAUAUAUAUAUAUAUAUAUAAACAGUAUUUCAGCAUACUUUGUAUUGAAGAAAUUACAAAUAUAAAUUUUGUACAUUAGAAUUCAACUAUGAGGUAACUGAAUAACGUCAUACUUAAUAUUACCAUGAGGAAGAUGAUUAUAACCAUGAGUUAACUGAUGACACCAUAAGUUAACAGAAUAUUACUGUGAGAUGAUCAGAUGAAGAUUGCUGUUAUUGGAGUUUGAAUAUGGCUACACAGAUAAUGAUGAAUAUAAUUUUGUUAAGUUUUGAUAUGCUAACAUAUUGAAACUAUUUUUUCAUAAAACAAAUUGUAAAUAAAAUUAGCUGUUAAUAAAAAGAAAUUUCUCUUUAAAUUUACCCAUUCAUAUCUUAAACAGUCUUUGUUUACAGGCACCUUCAACCUUACUGUAAGAUAUAGAUUUCUUUUCUUCAGACAUUGAGAACUUUAAAUUCAUGUAAACUUGACUCUGUUAGUGUAUGGGGUUCAAUAAAGAUAUCUCAGUGUAUUAUUUCUUAGUAGAACCACUGAGCUAGGUUGUUACUUCACAUGAUCACUAAAAGUAUAAAUUUUCCAGAGUGAGAUAUGACAUUGUUGAAGACAAAGUAGAUAAUUUCAAGUUGGUGUCUUUUGUCUUAAAGACGUUGAGGCAGCACAUCUGUCAGAGGUAGCCAAAUCUACAGACCAAAUGCUUCAGUCUGUGCACCACAUGUCCUCCUACAAAGCUCUACCCCAAAAUUUUGAUUUUGUUCUUAUUUUUCAACCUUACUACAUUUCCAUCAAAUGUUUCUUUCUGUGAAAUGUCACAUUCUUCUGUGUUCUUCCUAUUAAAU